AUGGUACAAAAUCAAAUAGUUCAACGUGUAAGACCUACUAUAUAUCAUCAGAACAAAGUGAAACCAAUGAAAAGUAUUAAGGUAUAUCAUUUCCCUAUCGUCGUAAAAAAAUAAGGCCUGUAGGUUUCAUUUAAAUAUGAAAUCAUAUUUCUUUAAGGACUUUUUAUUAAUUUUGAAAUUUCUUUGUUAGAUAUCAAAAGGUACUGUAGAAACAAUGACUUCAAAAAGUUCUCCACAUUCAGUUUCCAAAUAUCCUUUACUUGCGGAAGAGGAAACAAAAAAUAUAAAGGAAAAGAAUGAUGUAAAACCAAAUGAGGGGAAAGAAGAGCAAAAUAAAGAAAAAACAAUAAUUUCCGCCAAAGAAGUUAUUAAAAGAAAAAGAAGGGAGGAACGCUUAGCGAGAAAAAAGAAAGAAGAAGAAGAAAAAGAGAGAUUCGUGAAAGAAGCUGCCGAAAGAAAAGCAGCAGAAAAAGAAGAAAUAAUUAAACAAGCGAAAAGAUUUAUUCUUUACAAAAAACCAAUGUGUAGACGAAUUAAUCAAGGUCUUUUCAUUUCUGAGUGCUAUAGGGAAUUGGACGCUCAACUAAAAUUUCGAGAGACUCUUAAAAAUAUAGAUAAAGAGGAGGCUAUUGCCUACAUGAAUUCAAUAAAAGAGGAUGCAGCGAAAUUCGAAGAAGAAAUGAAACAGCGAUCAGAGGAUCAGUUGGAGAAAAAGAACCGUUAUGCUAUUGAAUUAAAGAAACAAAUUGAAGAGACUAAAAAUGCUGCAGUAGCAAAAGAAAGAGAGGAAUUCGAAGCAGAAAAACAAGAUCAAGCGAAUAUGAUAAAAUAUUUGCAAGAUAUAAAAGAAUACGAAGCACAGCAAUUGCAAAACAAGAAGCAGAAAUUAAAGCAAUUCUUUAAAGACGCGAUCGAGGAGAAGAAACAGUUCGAUUUAGAGCUUAAGCACGAAGAAGAAUUCGAGGAUCGAGCAUACGAAAUUUAUCGAAAUGCAAAAUUGCGAAUACAAAAGCUCCACGAAGCGGUGAAGCUAAAGGAAAAAGAAGAAAGAGAACAGAGAACACAAAUAAUCACUGAAAGAUAUAGUGAGCUCUUAAAGUCAAAAGUAGAUAUAGGAGAAGAGCUAUUGAAAAAAGCUCAGCAAGAACAAGAGGAACAAUAUCAAGAAAAGCAAAGACUACGGAAAGAACGUGAGAAUCAAAUGCGAAAGGAAUUGCAAGAUUAUCGAUUAGAAGUGCUAGCUACGAAAGCGAAACAAGCUCAAGAGGAAAGAGAUAUAAAAACGUGGGAAACUAUGCAAAGAUUCAAGAGAUCUGAAUGUGACGAGAAAUAUAGAGAUGAGAAACGAAAGAAAAAUAGAGAUAAAAAGAUAGAAUACGGAAACGAGAUCAAAAGAUAUAUCAAUGAGAGAAUAGCGGAGCGAAUAGAAGAGAAACUUAGCGAAGAAAAAGCUGAAGACGUAACGAAAAUUAUUGAAAAAGAAAAUCAAAAGGUUCUUGAUUAUGCGGAAGAAGUCAUAAAUGAAUCUAAAGACGUGAGACCACUUUAUCCAAUUCUUAAAGCUGCGGAGGAAUGCAAACGUGAAAUGGGUUUAAUACAACCUAAGAAAAAAGGAGAAACAAUUAUUGAGAAAUCUAAAAGAAAACGAAGAAUGCGUAGAUGUACAAAAUUUGUUCCUGAGGAUAAGAUUUGUUAUUUAUAACAGCAAACAUGAGAGAAAACGUUCAUUGUAACUGUUUUACUAAUAUAGCAGAAUUCUAGUGCUUUAUUCUAUCAUUACUAUUAAAAUUUUAAUAUUAAAUUUAAUCUCAAAAAGUUAUGUCUGGAACACAUUCAUUUUAACAAUACAUAUAAU